AUGAACACUACAAGAAGAGGCCAAGCUGACUGUGCCAGUUUUUCAAUGCUGUCUCUCAACGGGACACAGCCGCCGUCACCAUUGCCUUCUGAUGUGGCCGUCUGUCAGUUUGGGAGCAUUUUCAACAAUGAGGCCUUGAUGUACGUCUCAGGGUUUUUCACUGUUACUCUGGCCAUCGUCAUCUCACUCCUGACUGUCUUCUUCAUGGUUUUGGAGCGUUUUGUGUACAUCUGCUGUGGCAUUAAUUACUUGGUUAUUAUGACAAACGUGCGUAUAUACACUUGCCUGUCUCUCAUCUGGCUGCUGGCGUUGGCAGUGGCUAUCACCCACAUUGUUAUCAUGAUGUUAGGAGGACCCAGGUUUGGUCACAGCAUCCCAGGAUUAGUGUGUGAACCUGGCGUCAUGCGGGUGCAGAUGGCAUUUUCAUUGCAUUUCGAGAUGUUCGACAAGGUGACUAUGGGAACCUUACUUUUCCUUGGUCUCCUCGUGUUCUCCUUUUCCUACAGCCGGAUGUACCAGGCAGCCAGGCAGGCGCUGCAGCCCUUCCGGCAGGACAAUAAACGUGCUCAGUGCACUGUGGCUUUCUAUCUAGGUGUCUUUCUCCUGCAGCUGUUUCCAUGUGCUUUUAAGUUUGUCACUAUGUAUCAUGAGGAAGCGCACUACCACUUGGUUUAUGUGUUACUGCUCUUGGUUCCACCAUGUGUCAACCCUCUGGCUUACGGUUUCAGAAACAUGGAGGUGCGCCGGGCACUACAGCGUCUUUGUGGUUUCAGAAUGACUGUGAGACGACCAGAGACUGACGAUAACUUACACGGCUUGUCUCUCGCUCUCAAGGCUCCUCAGACGAGCCCAGUCUAA